AUGUCUGGCAGUGGAAGUUUGAUUGGCGGCUCAAAGAGAAGAACUUCAUCAUCAUCGUCAAGCAAGCGGCUUGGAUCCGCCCUGAGAGAGCAAAGGGCCAGGCUUUAUAUCAUCCGGAGAUGUGUCGUCAUGCUCCUCUGCUGGCAUGAUUGA